ACUCAGGAAGAUCGUUAUAUAUAAACGUUUGAAAUCGAAAAUUUGAAAAAUUCCCGGUAAAGCAAAAGAAGGGGGCCAUGGAUCAAUUGAUAGAGCAACUUUUACAGGGUGAAAUCUUCUGGUAUGAAACUACACAUGCUCCACCUGUUAGCCCAAGUGCUUUUGUGCCAUAUCCAAAUAGACCCAGAAUUGGAAUGGGGUUGCAGACAGCUGAUUGUAACAAUGGAGUGAAUUCUGGGAACAUGAACAAGAGAAUGAUUGAAUUCUUGAGGCAGAGUUGGCCUACAACGACAGGAAUCAAAGACACCGAGAAAGAGAGGUGUUUCCGUCACAUGAUGAAUGAGAGAAUGAGAAGAGACAAGCAGAAAAAAAGCUACUUUGCCUUGCAUUCUAUGCUCCCUCUUGGCACCAAGAAUGAUAAGAACUCAAUAGUUCAAACGGCAAGUAAGAGAGUUCAAGAGCUGCAAUGGCUGAAGAAGGAUUUGGAGAGGAGAAACUACGAGCUGCGGGCAAAUUUUGCGGCGGUGAAUGAGAACCAAAACAAUGAAGGAACCAAGAUUAGUGUAAGGAUAGACAAUCCAAAAGUAUCUGGGAUUGAUUCCAUAUUGGAGGUUUUGAAAUGCUUGAAGACAUUGGAUUCAAAACCCAGAAUGAUCCAGUCGAAGUUUACUAAUCAAGAAUUCUUUGCAGUGAUGGAUAUUGAAAAUGAGAUGAGAGCUGCCCAAGUGGAAAAGGUUGUAAAUAGAGCAUUGCAGGAAGCUGGGAGGAAACUUCAGGAUACACCAAAGGAAAAUCAAACGUGGCACCAAAGAAGAUAGAAAACAGCAUUAGGUCAAUUGACCAUAAACAUAAUGAAAUUGUAGUCGUAACAAUUACUAAAACGUGGGAAAUAUGGGUGAAUUUAGUUUCUAAUCACUGGGCUUGAAUUCUUCUUUAUUUCAAAUAAUUCUCAGUACCUUCUGAAUUUGAAUGGACUUAAUUUUGCUUGAGAUUCUGAUGGAAGCUGACGUAAGAGCAGAGAUCAUCUGCACUCUAGAAUUGAAGUAGUUGUUUUUGUUUUAAUGGGUUUUGGAAAAAAUGGGUCGCAUGACGUAGACAGUUGAAAAAUGCGCGAGAGAUUAGAAAGCCUAGCUCAACUAUUACUACUAUUGUAAUGUUUUGAUCUCUUCAAUCGAUUGCGGCUGUUCAAAAAACUCAUCCUGCAACCCGCCGAGAGAGAAGUUUUUGUGUUCAACAAAAUUGACUGUCUGUAAGCCAUUAUGUUGACAGUUGACAAAUGUCGCCAAUAAUAAUAGAACUAACAAGCCGUUGAGACAUACCAGUUGUCUAGGUUUUCA